UGGUAUGGAAGGAGCUGGACUACGGCUCGAUGACAGAGUCGGAGAAGCAAAUGCUUGUUUCGGAGGUGAACCUGCUCCGUGAGCUCCGGCACCCGAAUAUUGUCCGGUAUUACGAUCGGAUCAUCGACAGGACCAACACGACCCUGUACAUCGUCAUGGAGUACUGCGACGGGGGGGACCUGGCCAGCUUAAUCGCCAGGUGCAUCAAAGAGAGGCAUUACUUGGAAGAAAGCUUUGUUCUCCGAGUGUUGACUCAGUUGACAUUAGCCUUGAAGGAAUGUCACAGGCGGAGUGAUGGUGGAGUUACUGUGCAUCGUGACCUAAAGCCAGCAAAUGUCUUUCUAGAUGGGAAGCAGAAUGUGAAACUUGGAGAUUUUGGACUUGCUAGAAUUUUGCACCAUGACACCAGCUUUGCCAAAACAUUUGUUGGAACGCCAUAUUAUAUGUCUCCAGAGCAAGUGAACUACAUGUCAUACAAUGAAAAAUCUGACAUCUGGUCUUUAGGAUGUCUCCUGUAUGAAUUAUGUGCUCUCUCGCCUCCAUUUAGAGCUUACAACCAAAAAGAGCUGGCAGAAAAGAUAAGGGAAGGGAAGUUCCGACGAAUACCUUAUCGUUACUCAGAGCAGCUGAAUGGACUUCUCAAAGAAAUGCUGAAUGUAAAGGAUUAUUGUCGACCUUCUGUUGAAGAUAUUCUGCAGCACCCCUUGAUAGCAGACUUGGUGAUUGAAGAACAAAGACAAAUUUCUGAUAAAAGAGGCUGGAGAUCAUGGGAGCCAGAAAGGCUACAGCAUUCAGAGACUGCAGUGAAUGAACUGAAACGGAAGGAACAACAAUUACAGGAGCGAGAACAAGCCAUAAAAGAGAGAGAGCAACGUUUGGAGCAAAGAGAACGGGAGCUCUGUGUUCGAGAGAGACUGGCAGAGGACAAACUUGCUAGAGCUGAAAAUUUGAUGAGGAACUACAAUCUCUACCAACAACCGAAGACAUUAACUUGUGCAGAUGGUCCAGAUAAUGCACUCCUGCUCCCCUGUUCUACAACCAAGAAGAAAGUACACUUUGAUGGAAGUGAAGAGAAUGCUGUGCCUCCUAUUAACUUAGAAAACUGUCCUGUUUCCAAAGGAAAACACUCUGAUCUCAAAAAACGUCUAUAUGCUGCAAAUCUACGGGCUCAAGCACUGUCUGAACUGGAAAAAAACUAUCAACUAAAGAGCAGACAAAUCUUGGGCAUGCGCUGAAACUGUAACAUAUGUUCUGUAUUUAACUUUUUGGAGUAAUUGCAUGUACAGGA